CACGCGGGAGCCACGACCAGCACAGACGACACUCGCUUCCGAACCAUGGCCUCGUGAUCUCGGCGGCCUCAUCGCUCUCUUUUACUAUCUCGACUGCCACUUUCAUCACACAACACAAAUUCCUCCUCUAAUUCUUUUCUCACAUUACAUUCGAAAAGCCAAAAUCGAAGAUGCCUCAGAGAAGGGGUGCCAACACGGAGCUGAGCGCCGACGGCCCGCGAACGUCCACUUGCUGCGUCCCUGGCGAUUGCCUGCUGCCCGACCAGCCCAUCCGCCUUGAAGAACUGUCCGAUGACGUCGUCAAGGUCGUCUGCAACGACGACCACUGCACCCAAGGCCAGUUCAUGCACCAGGCCUGUUUCGACUCGUGGGAGCAGCAGGUGCUGAAUUUCUUGCGGACGUGCGGGCGCGCGCGCAGCUGGUCGGCGAAGCAGCGGCUGCAGAAUUUGUGGACCAAGAAGGGCUACGACCUGGCAUUUAAAGCUUGCGGCUGCCGGUGCGGCCGCGGCCACCUGAAGAAGGACCUGGACUGGACGCCGCCGCAGCCGGCAGCGCCUCAGGUCGUCAAGGAGGAGGCGCGCACCAAGAAGAAGCGGCAGCGCCAGAAACAGAAGCCAGCACUGGCCGCGGCUGGUCGUCCCGCCGAGGCCGAGGACGCCAAGCAGCGCAACAGGGCUGGCUCGGCCUCGUCCACCUGCUCCUCAGGCUCCCCGCCCAGCGCCGACUCGCCCAUCUCGGGUCCCAAAAGGCCAUCCAAGGUGCAGCAGCUUGACACGCCAACCAGGACCCCGUCGGGAAAAGGCUUGUUCGCGCGCCGCCAGGACUUCUCGUCGUUCAACAUCCUACCCAGACACAAGGUCAACUCGUACCACAUCAAGGUUGACGACGAGGAGCACCACGGCGUGGAUGACGUGCGCACCCUGAUCCUGGCCACCCUGAGCAGCGCCAACCGCGGCCGCGUGUGCUGCCUGGUGUGCGAAGGGCAGAUGGCCGUGUACGACCGGUACCCAUUGCUGGACGGCACCUUCUUCCUGAGCCCGCGGCAACACGCCGAGCACAACUGCUUCAAGGUCUACUUCGACGGACGCAUUCAGUUCCUGUACGCCGUCUGCAUGGGCUGCCUCGAGGGCUGGCGGGCGCGCAUCGAGUGCCGGGCCUGUCGGCGCCCCUGGGACGGCUCCUCGCUGGUGCUUGGGACCAUGUACUUCUACGACAUAUUCGCCGCCACCCCGUGCUGCGGCGACCGCGUCAAGUGCAACACAUGCACUCGGCCGCUGAUGCAGCAGCAAGACCGCCUCAACUUCUUCUCAGACUACUCACACCCCCUGGCCUGCACCCGAUGCAGCUCAGUGGACACCCACUUCGUCAAGCCGCUCUUCUCCACCUUCUACCGCACCCUCUACCCCGAGGACAAGACCAAGAGCUCCGAACGGCCCUAGAAGAAAAACACCUUUGCCAGCACACAUACACGUCCGCUAGUUUUCCUCGUAGCUGAGCGAGCACGCAAGUAUAGCAGAUAAGAAAAAUCGGUGUCCUCAUUUGUCUUAUGAAUUUUGGUACUACUUUAUGCGAGUUUCUGCGGUCUAGCGAGAUCACAUUACAAUUGUUGAGAUAGUAGAGGCACACGUGUACAGUCGAAGCAAUACAUGAAUUUCUAAGAACUCUCGUACGUGGCUCCCGAAACUUCCAACAACGUCCACUGCCUCAAUAAUUUCCAAGUUGCGUAUAAAAACGUCGUGUGUAAUAAAACACACAACAAUUAAACAAACGAUAGAGGCGCCGACGACUGCGAAUCGGCCCCGCAAGAGCAGAAAAAAGAAUCACCGCCAGUGUACAAAUGGGAGAUUUAGAUUAUUAUAGUAAAAAAUAAUUAAUUAAAUACUGAUUGUGAGACAGACACACUUUGACACGUUAAUGUUGACACUCUUAAAAUAUUUAUAUUCCCGUCGCGUUUACCACACGCUUAGUCCAGAGAUUGACCCGGGGAAAUAGCACUUUUGGACUAAUGCCGCACGUCUUUUAAAUUCCUCUUAUUAAUUUCUCGGCCGUAAUUUGUGUCAUUCUUAGCCAAAUUUAAAUGAUAGAAGCGUUUUUAAAACAGAAUAUAUGGUAAAUGACACGUAUUUAUUCGAUCGAGGGUGUUGAUUUUGAUUUGUUAUAAAAAUAGGAAAAAACCACGAUUGCAAAUAUUAAUCUGUACUUCUCCUAAUCAUUCUCAUUAUCAAUGGAUAUAUAAUACAAGCGCGUACUUCUUAUUACAGUGUAAAAAAAAAAUUGGUAAAUCCUACCAGGAGUUGAGGUUUUAUUGCCAUUUUACCCCUGCAGUUUUAAUCCAGCACUUUUAAGAUGAGCAAUUAUGAAAUACAAGUUGUUGCGUUGAAUUUUAAUUGACUUUUACAACUUACUCAAUCAGGAAGAACAAUUUAUUAAUUAACCAAUGAAAUAGCGCUAAAGCAAUAUACUCUGGAAUUGGCAAUUACCUGCAGUACAUACAAACAAUAACAGCAGCACCCUAAAAAAAUUAUCAAGCACCGCGUCCGAGCGCUAAAAGCGAGUCCGGCGGUGAUUUUUACCACCGAAUUUUAAUUGAUUGGGAAAUUACUCAUUUAAAAAAUGAACAACAAAUUGCAGUGAUUCGUGGAAUUGGGUUUUAGACCGGUACAAAUUUGUGAAAAAAAAAAUAUUACUUGAUGCUAUUUUGCGCUGUUUGAUUGGGCGACGAGUUUAUCAGCGGCCCACCUAGUGGGCAAAAACCACAAAUAAUUAUUCUACCCUGUACCUUAGACUUCAUAUUUUAAGUGUUUUUUAAUCUAUCGAGUGUGCUUUUUAGCAAAGGACUCAGUUGAACAAAAAAGUAGGCGACUUCCCACACCAUGCUUAUAGACUACGGUAAAAAUAAUUAUUGCUCUAGUUUUUAAAUAAUUUAUUUAUUUAUAUUUUUUACAUUUUUUAUCGUUAGUUAAUUUUUAUAUUUAAUCAGUCUAUUUAGUGGAUCAAUUUCUCCAAAGAUUAAAAGUAAAGCUUUAAUUUUCAUCCUAUUGGUGAAUUAAUUAAUUUAAAAUCAAUGUAUUUAAUUUUAGUCUUCUUUGUACAAAACUUUAAUUUUUCUUUUGUACUUGACUGCUAUAAUUGAUCAUUAGGAGUUUAUUUUGUGCUGAUUAAAUUAUAUUUCGCUGAGUCCUUGUUGCCAUACCUCAUAGUUCCAUUAUUAUUGCAGCUAUAUCAUGUACAAACAGUUUGCUUUGCUCAUUUUUGCUCCUACAAAAUGAGAAACGCAAAAUUUACCUGACGAACAAACACAAAGAAUAGUUGCAACUCUAAAUAUUAAAUUGCGUUUUAUCUCGACACACACUAUAUGUAUUUAAAUAUUUUUACUUGUUGGUAGUGAGGUACAAAUGAACAAAACAAAAAUUAAUGCGACGCAAGUGGUAAAGUUAAAAGAGAGAUCGCCCGCUUAGCUUUCGCGCCGCACGCCGUUUCCGACGUUAAGUUUUGUGCCGCGCCGAACGCUGCGGCGAUUUCUCUCUAAAUACAAAAUCUUUAUUAUAAUUUGUUACGUCUCACGAGCAGCAGGGAUUUUUCGUUUUUGGGUCAAGCGACUGUUUUUCUUUUGAUUCAAAACAUAUCUCAAAAUUCUUUCGGAGAACUGCUCGUAAAAUCUUCUUCUUCUUCUUUCUCUCGCUUUUUGUCUAAAAUAGAAAUAAUAAAGAUUAAAGGGUGCAACUCGUGGAGGUUGAUCUUUUGUAAAUAGAAUUUCUCUUCACAUCAAAGUGUUUGGUUCAAAUUUCUCGCAAAUUAGCGCCAAAUAUUCAAACAUUUUCUCACAACUUAACUGCAAAUUAACAAAAAAGAAUUAGGUGUUAAAGAAAAAAGCUAUUACUCCCACACAUUCGUACGUAUGUAAGGAUAUAAUUAUAUAUAUUUACUCGUGAAAAAAUUAAGCUGUUUUUCAUAAGGAACAAAAUGAAGGAACUUGAAUUGUGACGUUUUGAGUACAAAUUGCUGAUUGAGUUGAAGUAGUUGUUAAGUACGGUGAAAAUUUAAAUUUAGCAUUAAUUAGAUAUUUAAAAAAAAAAUGGACAAAUUCGACGAAAAAAUUGAAAUGCUGUCGUUUAACAAUAAGUUGAUCGUGUACAGAAUUAUUAAUUAUUACCAUUAAUUAAUUCGCUCGGUUAGUUUUGCGUUUGGUAAACAAUUAUUGCAUUUUAUACUUAUUACGGCAUGAUGUUUGCGCGGUCCUAAAAUUAAAACUGUCUCGAUAUUUACGCAUAGUUGAACUAUAUCAUAUAGUGAUGAUGUGAAUAUUAUACUCUAUAUAAACAAUUAAAAUUAUAAUUAUCUCUUUGAACAAAAAAAGUAAAUACGAUGAGAAUAAUAUUAUUGAUGACUAAUUGCAUAUGUGUGAGUUUAUUAAGCGAUUGCUCAAAAGAAUUAAAUGGGAAAGAUACCAAUACUCAAUAAGAAAAUUAAAUGAAGAACAAUUAGAUAAUAUCAGCAAGUCUUGGUCUCUGCUGUUCAAUAUCAGUUAAAGCUUUUGCUUUACGAGCUGCUGGCUAGACUAGAGAUUUUGCUGAUUCCUCUCGUCUCAAUUUACAUACUUAAUUGUGAACCAAUUUAUCAACAACUAUAUAAAUAUAUAUCGAUAGGCAAUUAUUAGAUAUGAUUUCAUUGCCUUUAGCUCAAACAAAUUCUCAAAAAAUAAAGCUUCUCAACAAUUAAAAGACUUGAUGGUGAAUUUUGGAAAUUUUAUCUAGGUGUUCCUCAAGUAGGCGUUGCGUCCCCAUAAUUUACAAAAAAAGAUAUGUACUUAAUUUUUUCUUAAAAUUUCUCGCGCUGGUAUGAUAAUUGGCCUAUUAUACAAAAUCACUCAUAAAUAUAUAUUACAAUUGGAUAUAAAUCUAUCAAUGGUACUUAAAAACAAUAUUCAAACACACAAUAACCACUAAUCGGAACUGUUCUUUAAAAAAUUCAAGUUAAUUAGUGUUCAAUAUAGGCUGGAAAGCUUCUCUCUUCGCAAACACCGUGUUAUUAACCCCAACCACUUUGCAGAAAAUAUAAAUAUAUAAAGCGAAUCAAUACAGGAAUAGAUGAAAAUAAUAGAAAACAACUACACGUUAUGUAUACAGGAAAUAUAACAGAUGCAAAUAAUACGACUAUAACAAUAUGUAUAUCUCAAUUAUUAACAUUUUGCAAUAGUUUGUUCAGUGCUUGUAAAAUUGUUCAUAAAAAACCAAUCCCAGAAUGAACUCUCUCGAUUAGGGGGAGUUUGAAAUAAAAAUUGGUCGUCGGCCAGAUAACAAAAAAAAUUGGCGCAAUUUUCCCUAAUCGAGAGGGACCGUGUUAAAUUCAUGGCUCGACAAUUAGCUGCAUGUCGAAAUGAGUAAAAAAUUGAUGGCGAGGGCUGCACUUGGCGUAUAAAUACCCGAGUUAUUAAAAUAAUACUCCGAUUUCCCCCCGACUUUUUAUUUCCCGUUGCCACCGUAAUCAGAUUAAAACGCAGCAGCCAAUUUUCCGGGCGUAAUUCAUUUUGACAAAUAGCUAAUGCGAAUCGAGAGAGCCUAUGUAAAUUUGCCUACACGCAUAAUACACAAAAGCGCGGAGAGAUGACUCACCCCCCGGUCGCCGCCGCCGCCGCGAUGAUUUAAUUAAUUAAAAAAGAGAGAGACAGCCCCGCCGUAUCAAAAACCCCUUGUCCCCGUGUAGUUUGCCGCCGUUAUUUAUUUUGAGCAAUAUGAUCAGAGUGAAUGCGCGAUUCAAACAAAAGGAGCAGAACAACACCGCUAAAAGAAAGUCAAUACAAUGAUAAAAGCAGAGAGGUGAUUCGAUUAAAAGCUCAAAUGAUGUGACGAUGCUUUUAGUAUUUUAUAUAAAUAUAUUUAUUAUACAUUAUAUCUACACACGAUUAUAUUUACCGACGAGACAGUAUGUGUAUAGAGUGGAUUACAAAUAGAAAAACACACACACACGCUAUUGGAGCCUGCAUGAUAAACACACACACUCGUAUACAUACUAAUUACACAUACACAUGGAAUAAGCGAAUUAAUUAAUAAUAAAAUAAUGGACAAAUAUUUAUGAUUAUGCGCGCGUAAUUUGGAUGUAGUAAAACAUAGAAAUGCUUUUUCGAGAAAUUUUUGGCGAGAGGGAAGGAAAAAUUUGACAUUUUGAAAUAAUCCCCUUUUUGACGGAGCCGACCAUUUCGCUCCUUUUUGGUAUCCAAAAAUAAAAUGUGAAUAUUGAAUAACCGAUUUUUGAUGAUUUUUUCGCCUAGUAUUUAAGCAAUUUUGAUAGCUGGCGCACUUUUUCGACGUAUGGAUAUGAAAACUGCCUUAUGUUUUUGACUCACGACACGCACUUUAGAAAAUAAAACACUUUUCCAAAUUCGAUGUUGUCCUUGUGCUCUUUUGAUAUAUAAAGGAAAAAAACAUUCACGAGUAAUAUUAAAAUUUAGAUAUAAAACCAAAGAACAAUAGAGGAAAAAAUUCAAAAUUAAUUAAAAUUUUAGGAAAUAGGAGUAGUUUAAGGGUGAAAAAUGAACAUGUAAGCAAAAUUUUUCCGCACGGGGUGUGAAUAGAAAGUUUGAGAAGCGCGCUGCAGAAAACAGUUUUCAUGCCUAAUGCUGUAAAUAGAAAUUGUUAUGACACGUGUUGAGUUAUUCCUGAAAUUUAGCGAUAUUUUUGUAAAAGGGUGAGGUUAAAGAGGAGGGGGUGGCUCAAUAAAUCGAUCACAGGCGAGUAUAUUCGAAGUCACCAACAAACUUUUUUGGCUCUUGAAAAAUAAAAAUAAAUUUG